AUUUAUACGGAUUGGGCUAAUCACUAUCUAGCAAAAUCGGGUCACAAGAGAUUGAUAAAGGAUCUACAGCAAGAUGUGACUGAUGGAGUCUUGUUAGCUGAAAUAAUCCAGGUUGUAGCAAAUGAAAAGAUUGAAGACAUCAAUGGCUGCCCAAAAAACAAAUCUCAAAUGAUUGAAAACAUAGAUGCAUGCCUGAGUUUCCUGGCUGCUAAGGGGAUUAACAUACAGGGGCUGUCAGCAGAAGAAAUCAGGAAUGGGAAUCUAAAGGCAAUCUUGGGCCUUUUCUUCAGUUUAUCUCGAUACAAGCAACAGCAACAGCAGCCACAGAAACAGCAAGCACAGCACCAUCCGUGCCAGCAGCCUCCCCCCGUGUCUCAGCAAGCGGGGCCCCCAUCCCAGUGCCAGACUCCGUGCCAACAGCCCCUGCAGCACCAGUUUAAAGCACAACCAGAAAUGCAGUCCAGACUCCCAGGCCCCACCACGAGGGUGUCCACUGCGGGCAGUGAGGCCAAGGCUCGUGGUUCUAUCAGUGCCAACAAUCGUCGCAGCCAGAGCUUUAACAAUUAUGACAAAUCUAAGCCUGGGCUUCCCCCUCCAACAGCAGCAACUUGCAACGACAAAGAGCCUGCAGAGAGUACAGCCUCCCAGCCCACAGGAAUGAAUGACAAUGUCUCAUCCUCAGUUCAGAGCUGCAGCAGUACUGUUAGUUGCACGAACUCCUCAGCCAUCCCUCAGCCCAGCUCUGCUAUCAAACCCUGGCGCAGCAAGUCCCUCAGUGCCAAGCACACGGCUACGUCUUCCAUGUUAUCCGUCAAGCAGCCCGUAGCAGAGCCUCCAAAACCACCCUCAGAAAUGGCCAAAACGACUCCCAACGGUCAAAAAUCCAUGCUUGAGAAACUAAAACUCUUCAAUAGCAAAGGAGGUUCCAAAGCAGGAGGGACAGCACUCGAGUGCCCGGCAUCUCGGGAGAACAGCUGUGAAAAGCUGGAGACCCUUCUCAGCUUCGAGGAGAGCGAAGAAAUCGAUGCCACGAAUCAGAAUGUGAACAAUCCGGGAUCCAUGUCCAGUAGCCCCAAAAUUGCACUCAAGGGAAUUGCACAAAGGACUUUUAGCCGGGCGCUAACUAAUAAGAAGAGCUCUCCAAAGGGUAAUGAGAAAGAGAAACAGAAAGAGAAGGAUAAAUGUAAAGACAUGGCAAAGAGAACAUCUAUCACAGAAAAGCUGGACCUGAAAGAGGAACCGAAAGAAGAGCAGACAGCACUAACAACAACAGAGAUGCCAAAAAAAUCUUCCAAGAUCGCAAGCUUUAUCCCUAAAGGAGGAAAGCUGAACAGUGCCAAGAAGGAGGCCUCUGCCCCUUCGCACAGCGGGAUACCAAAACCAGGAAUGAAAACCACCACAGGGAAAUCCUCAAGUGCCCCCGCUCCUGCAAAGGAAGGUGAGAGAAGCCGCAGCGGGAAAGCCGGCUCGGGGCUCGCUCAGAAGUCCCAGCUGGACAGCAGGCAUUCCAGCUCCUCGUCCAGCCUAGCCUCUUCAGAAGGCAAAGGUGUAGGAGGCCUCAACAGCAGCAGCAGCAGCCAAGCCAUCAACGGACCCGCCGCCACAACCCACACCACAGGGAGCAAUACUGUGAGUGUGCAGCUACCUCAGCCCCAGCAGCAAUACAGCCACCCCAACACUGCCACCGUCGCUCCCUUCAUGUACAGGUCACAGACAGACAAUGAAGGGAACGUAACAGCCGAGGCCAGCACAGGAGGGGUCAGCAUGGAUUCUGCUCUUUAUGUCAAAACUGCACAGCCUGCUCUGGAAGACUUCGCAGGAGAGGAUCCAGAGACUCGGCGGUUACGCACUGUGAAGAACAUCGCUGACCUUCGGCAGAACCUGGAGGAAACCAUGUCCAGCCUACGGGGAACCCAGGUCACUCACAG